CCACCGUCACUCUCCUCACGGGCUCACAGAUUUGAGGGAGUCGUCGUCCUCUUCUUCCUCGGCCGGCUAGUCAAGUCCACCGCUCUGACAACCCGUCCCGGCCCGCACCACCGGCACCAGCACUCCAUUCCCAAAUCCCCAACUUGGCGAUCAGUCCCCCCCAAUCCGAGCAAACGGCGGUCCUCCUCUUCUUCCUCUUCGGUAUGAGCGGCUUCUUGGUGGUGGUCGGCAAGAUCGGCACCUUCCUGCUUUGGGUGCUCUUCCUGGUGCUGCAAACGGCCACCCGGAUCGUCGGCAACCUCCUCGCGGGGCCAGCCGAGCAGCAGGAGGACCCGCUGCAAGAGUCGGCGGCGGCAGCGCGCCGCAGGUCGCCGACAGCCUCGCCGCGCCGCGACCCCUACGAGCCGGCGUCGGCGCCGCCUCAGCAGCUCUGGGACUCGCCUCUGCUGCCGUAUUCUCCCUCUGCUCCCGCCGCGGAUGAGUACUCCUCGUCCUCGAGCUUCCGGCGGCGUAGCGCGCCGCCGCCGCCGCCGGCUGAGGACGUAGUGGUGUCCUCGAGUGCCUACUCGCGUCCGCCGCCGGCGGCGGCCCAUGCAUAUUCCUUGUCGGCGCCUCCGCUGAGGGCAAUCGAGACGCGGGCGAUGCCAGCGAGGGCGGUGGCAGCUGGGGGUAAGCGGCCCAGGCUGGAGAGGAAGUACUCCAAGAUUGUUGACCAGUACCGCUCCCUGGAUGAGGUUAUCGAAGCAUUAGCACAAGCUGGUCUGGAGUCUUCCAAUUUAAUCAUAGGAAUUGAUUUCACAAAAAGUAAUGAAUGGACAGGAAAGAAUUCCUUCAAUGGUACGAGCCUGCAUCAUAUUGGUGACACCCCAAAUCCUUAUGAACAGGCAAUAUCGAUCAUUGGGCAGACCUUAUCAGCUUUUGACGAGGAUAAUUUAAUUCCUUGCUAUGGUUUUGGAGAUGCAUCUACACAUGACCAAGAUGUAUUUGCCUUUUAUCCUGAUGAAAGACCAUGCAAUGGUUUUCAGGAAGCUUUAGCUCGAUACAGAGAGAUUGUUCCUCACCUUCGCCUUUCUGGUCCUACAUCAUUCGCUCCAAUAAUUGAAAUGGCCACAACCAUUGUUGAGCAAAGUGGUGGCCAAUACCAUGUUUUAGUAAUCAUCGCUGAUGGGCAGGUGACACGAAGUGUAGAUACCGAAUUUGGUCAGUUAAGUACCCAGGAGCAAAUGACAGUUGAUGCUAUUGUACAAGCCAGCGAAUUUCCCUUGUCUAUAAUUCUCGUUGGAGUUGGAGAUGGUCCAUGGGAUAUGAUGAAGGAGUUUGAUGACAACAUACCAGCUAGGUCUUUUGACAAUUUCCAGUUUGUCAACUUCACUGCGAUCAUGUCAAAAAAGAUAAGUCAAAGCAAAAAGGAGACAGAGUUUGCCCUUUCAGCACUCAUGGAAAUUCCGUUGCAGUACAAAGCAACAUUAGAGCUUGGAAUUUUAGGACGGCGACUUGCAAAGUCGCCUGAUCGAGUUCCACUUCCUCCUCCCUUUGCAAGUUAUAGCACAGUUUCAAGAGCACCACCAUCUCGAGCAAAUAGCUACCGAAGCGUGCCUUCACGUCCUAGAGAGGAGCCAACUGUAGAUUCAACAAUCACAGCAUCAGUCACAUCCCCACCAGCAGUUGAAAGUAGAGUUUCAGAACCCCAGAUGUGCCCAGUUUGCCUUUCCAAACCCCGGGACAUGGCAUUUGGUUGUGGCCACCAGACAUGCUCGGAAUGUGGACCACAAGUCGCAGAUUGUCCAAUCUGUCGAAGGCCCAUUGAUACGAGAGUAAAAUUGUACUAGUCGUCAUCAUGUCAUCAUCUGUUGCGACUAACUAGGUUUAGCUGAAUCGCAUACGAGCAGGAAGUAGAAUCCAUUGAAAAGGAACUCUUAUUAGACAUUGUUGAUGUAGUAUGUAUUCGUUCAAUAAAUCAGCUGUACAAAAAUGGAGAAUAAUAGUUCUUUGUUCGUUUCCUGUUUCA